UAUCGGUUCAGUUAUACUUUGACCGUGCGCGUGGGUAGACGUCGCCCGUCGACGCGAAAUACUUCGAUUGACGUCGCGCUGUUACAUAAAAAUACUACUUGCUACUGUUUUUCUUUAAUCAACAUUAGUCAAAAGUGCAUUUCUAAAUCAUUCCAUAACUUGUAUAUUUAUAUUUUUUUAUCAAGAAAGUGAAAAGUCAAUUUGGGUACAGUCAAAUUAUGUGAGAAGACUAUCGAUAAUAUAUUGAUUUUUCGGCAUCUGUAUUUCGACUUGUUUCUGUGUGACGUGUGUUACGUAAGAUUCCGUUCAAAAUUGAACGUUUAAGUGCAUUGAAUUGGACUGGUGAUGUAGGGAGAGCUGGUGAUAAAAUGGAUACGAUGAUAAAUAUGUGGACGGUGGUGGAGCAUGUCCGGGUGGCCAGCAGCGCCGCUGAGCUGGCCAUCUUCACCGCUAUACUCUAUUGGUUCUUUACUUCGAGCCGCGUAGCUGACAUGUUGGAAGUUGUGGGGGAAAGAGUGGGCGGAUGGUGCGGUGGUGUUCGCGAAUCGAGCUCAUUGAGACAAGUGGCGCGCGCGCGCCGCCGUCAAAACCCAGAUGUUUAUGCCAAACUUGACAAUGAACUUGCUACCAGAGCAUCGUCACUGUAUCGCCUCAAAGAGGGUCCGCAAGUUCCGCCGCCGCAGCCGGAGACGAGACCGCCGGCCGGUCUAGCCUGUUCACGAUGCGCCCCGCUAUCUAGGGACUCGUGGAAGGAUCCCAAGACUGAGGAAUUGGGGUCAGUGAUCAACAUAUUAAAUAUCGGCAGGCAGACAUUCGCCAAUGGUGGCGUGGUGUCGCGUUAUCUCUGCGAUUUGGCUCAAUGUGUGCACCUCAUCAAGUACGACUACAAGGAUGUUUUGCCUAGUGUCAUGAAGGAUGAACAUUUUCAACGUGCAAUAGAAGAUACGACCCGUGAAGAACUUAAGACUACGGCCAACGGCAAACAUGCCGGUGAGAAAACAUACGCCAGUGUAAGGAAACGCGUUGAAGCACAUGCGAUGAAAGUGCUGCAGGACAUAUCGUCGUCGAUGUCCAAUAACGUUCUGAGGCUGGUGGCGUGGCUGUGCCACAAGGCGGUGCGGCGCAUCGCGGGCGGCGGCUGCGGCACGCGCUCGGCGUGCGUGGAGCGCCUGCGCCGCGCGAAGGCGGCCGGCCUGCCGCUCGUGUUCGUGCCGCUGCACCGCUCGCACUUCGACUACAUCCUCGUCACCUUCACGCUCUACCUGACCGGGCUGCGGCCGCCUCUGGUCGCCGCCGGGGACAACAUGAGGAUACCCUUCUUCGGGUGGUUCCUUCGCUGUUGUGGUGCAUUCUUCAUCCGACGAAGAGUCGACGGUUCUGAAUACCACGGUGACCCUGUAUAUAAAUCUGCUCUUAGGGCGUAUAUCUUAAACAGUCUAUCGGCUAAUAACAAUUUAGAAUUCUUCAUCGAAGGCGGACGCACGAGAACUGGAAAGCCACAGUUACCUAAAGCUGGCAUUCUCUCGGUGAUAUUGGACGCGUACCUCGACGGUACAAUCGACGACGCUCUACUCGUACCCGUGACGCUGAACUACGACCGAUUGGUGGACGGGAACUUCGUACGAGAACAAUUGGGCAUGCCUAAACAGAUGGAAACGUUCUGGUCGGCAUUCCGCGGUAUUUGGAGGACUUUGAAUACGAAUCAUGGCAGUAUUAGAGUGGACUUCAAUCAGCCGAUAUCUCUUAAGGAGUUGGUGACGUCAUUCCAGAAGUACAACUAUUUAAAAGCUCCCGUCGAGAUGCCACUAACGCCUCUCAACAACAAUCUAGCCGUGAAUCUAGAUAGGCAAAUAUUAUACAAUCACAGUCAUAGCAGUCUGUUCGGGGCCGACGUGAGCACGGAGCAAAAGAUGAUGGUCGAGGCUAUUGGCAGACAUCUUGUAUACGAUGCGGCUCAAUCGACAGCUCUAAUGUGCACGAACGUGGUCUCGUACGUGCUUCUGACAGAGCAGAGGAAGGGCUGCAGCCUGUCCGUCCUGCAGGCCAGCGUGGAGGCACGCGGGAGGGCCCUGAAGCUGGCGGGCCGAGACCUCGGCUACACUGGAGAUUCGCAUCUCGUCGUCAAAAGAGCGCUGGACACACUGGGCGCGGCGCUGGUGCGCGGCGCGGGCGCGGGGGGCGCGGGCGCGGCGCGCGAGGUGCGCGCGGCGGGCGCGGUGCCGGCGGCGCUGGAGCUGGCCUACUACGCCAACGCGCUCGUCGCGCACUACGCCGCCUCCGCCGUGCUGGCAACAGCAUUAGAAAGCAUUGUACACAACAAGAACACAGAGGAAGUGACCGUGAGACAUUCGGAACUGAUGGAAGCGGCGCUCCAGCUCAGCGAGAUAUUAAGCCAAGAGUUCAUACUCUGUGCGCCUUGCACCAGGAUAGAGGAAAGGCUAUUGGAGGCUUUAAGAGAACUUAUAUCCCAGGAAAUACUCGUUGAAACACAGACGCCUGAUGUAUUACAAGAGCAGCGUUGGUCACAAAAGUUCGCUCGGACGUUUGACGACGAGGACGACGACCGACCAGACCCCACGCGACUCAUCAAAUACAAACUGUCCAAGACCCCGGAAGCGAUUGCUGAGAGACGUCGUCUACUGCAAACGAUCCGGCCCUUAUUGGAGGCGUAUUCGGCUACGUGUCGCGGUUUGCGGGAUGCCCCUCAAAAGGAACUUGUGGGCUCCACAUUGGACUCCUUGCUGGAGAGCUUCGCGCAGAACAAGAUGAUUUACGGUGAAGCAGUUUCGACUGAUGCUAUAAAGAAUUGCCUCCGUCUCCUACGUCAGUGGGGCGUCAUAGAGAUGUACACAGACAAUCGGGAGAGAAAAGUACGGAUAUGUCCGUUAUAUAAGAACAAAAGCAAUAUUGACGAUAUUUGUGCUAACAUACACAAGUUCAACAUUGACACACCGUUGCUCAAGUGACAACAAGUGAAGUGAAGUGAUUUGAAGUGAAAUGACAAGUGUAGAGUGUUAUUAUAAACCAGUUUAGGCACAUUGGAAAUAAGCUACAUUCGUAAUGGUGAAGUUAUUUUUAAUAUAUUUUUUAUUUGGCAUAUUGAAAUACAUAUAGAGAGUUCUUUUGUAAAUGUAGUACUUAAGUACUAAGCUAACGAGUGAUAUAAUAAAAUGAUUGCAAUGUUAUAUGUUAAGAUAAUCGAGGAAUCUCACGAAUGUUGCAUUUAUUUCGUAAAAAAUAGAUUUAAAUGAAUUUCACUUAAAGCAAUAUCUCUUUAUAAAGUUUACGUUUAUCGCACAAAAUACAAUUUAAAAAUUUGUUCAAAAUUUCAGAAUUAAAUUAUAAAUCUGCUGUUUAAUAUUCCAUUUUAAAAUGAAUAAAAUCACAUUAACUUUGGGAAUAUGUCUCUAUACUAUAGAUAAUCAGUUUAUUCAAAUUAAAAUGAAAAUUAAAGCUAAGGCAAAGCUUGUUUUGUUUUGGUUAAUAUUUGUUUUUCAAUGUGCCUGUAUAAAAAUUAUUAACUGGCUGUGUAACAAUACUUUCCAGUGAUUCUGACGUGGUUACGGCGGUUUUUGUGAUCUAGUAUAAGAUAACUAUAUAUAAAGCUUGUCGCAGUCGUCUGUCAUUCGUUCGUAUAUCAUUUUAUAGGGAUACUUAGAGACCUAUUCUGAACGAAAAUUAAAUACAAAACACUACUACUACUAAUAAAUGUUUAUCAUGAAAGAUGCAGUGUUCUGUGUUACUUUCUUUUAUGAGUAACUUGUUUAAGAUGUUAUUUAGAAACUGUAAAUUAUGGAAAAAUAUCAGCGUUAUAAGAAUCAUUGUUACAUCUAGAGCUGAUAAUUGCAAUUUAGUUUGCAAAAAUGUAAAAAUCAAAUCAGAAAAAUGCAUGUAAAAACAAGGUUAUAUAAAAAAAAAACAUUGAGUAAUUAGUCUGUUACUACAACACUUAUGGCAUGGUUACUGAGGCGAUCCGUAAUUGUUAUUAUUGUCGUAAAAUCUGUACGAAAGAGCACUUUAAGCAACCGCUUAGUGUCUCUAAGUUUGGCGGUCAGUAAUUCGUUGUUUUAAGCAAUUUUAUUUGCUGCAUUAAUAAUUAGAAAACAACGGAAAUGCAUUUUAUUUAUUUCGUAAAUCAGCUAUUCUAACUUUUAUACUUAACAGGAUUCAUAAAGUGAGUGAAUAUAAUUAUUAAAUGAUACGCGAUAGACUUAAAUAAAACAGUUAGCUGAUCACAUCUUGUAUAUAGAUUGGAGACUUUGUCCUUGAGUUUGAAAAAAAAAUAAUAUGAAUAUUUUGUGAAUUCGUUUCUAUGAACCAAAAGUAGAAGGUAAGCAAAAGUAUACUAUAUAAAUUUAGUAAGUAAGUAGUACAUAGUCAAGUUACUAUAUUUAGCAUUUGCUUUACAGAGUUAGUCAGUAAAGAUUCUAAAGUGAUUGGAAUAUUCUAUUAAAAACAAACAAUUUCACAGUUUCUAAGUCGAUAAAACAUUUUGUAGUUAACGUGUAUGGGCGACAUGUGUUCAUUUUUUUUUAUUUAUUUAUUCUUAUGUAACAUCCAUAUGUACAUGCUACAAAAAUGUAAAAUAUAUCCUUAAAACGAGUGGAAUAAAUGAAUUCCUUUAUAUAAA